GACUCUCGCCGCUCUGAUUCACGAUUCUGAAUUCACGAUUGCCGCUGAUCAUGUGUUGGGAUUUGGGACUCACGAUUUGUGACGAAGCAGCCAGCACAUGCGCAUGCGAGCUGAACGGCCGUGUGGAGAAGAAGGCGAUCAAAGCUGAUAACGGCUUCUCCCCCUCGCUCUACACUGCUGCUGCUUGAGAAGCUUCCCAACUCAAGAGUGGAGAAGAGCAUCGCGUGUGCGUAUCCCUGCCUCAAUACCUUCACCACUUUCAGGUACGUCCAAUUUGGUCUCUUUGGGAAGCAUCCUCUUGGUCAAGUUUUUGCCGAUCUACGAAGCGACAAGCUGUUCGCCCUGCUUCCAGGAUAAUCACGUGCAGAAGGCACUUUCUCGAUACGCUCGAGGCAAUCUUUCAAGAUGCUUCCUCUCGCAGCCAAAACGAUGAUUCGAGGGCCGGGCGCUCGUGCAGUCCGAGCAAGCACCUUUCAUCAAUUCCCUCUCCUACGCGUCUCCCCACCUGCCCGUAUCCUGAGCACCUCGUCCAAGGCACUAGCUGCCAACGCUCAGUCUGGCAAGCCAGCGUCCGACAAUUGGAAGCAUACAGUCAAGAAUGUGAAAGAGGAAGCGGGUCAGGUGAAGAGCUCCAUCGAAUCUGCCGUUGCCGGUAGUCCGGGCAGUGGAGCUGGAUCUUCCAACGAAGGCCCAGACAGCUCUCCCAGUGGUGCUGCGGACCUUUUGGGCGAUGCUCGCUCCGUCUCGUCAGAAAUGUUCCAAGCUGUUCCAAGACCAGCGCUUCUCUGGGGUGCUGCUGGUGUGCUGCCUUACAUCUCGACUGCCGGAGCCAGUGUGUACUUGGCCAGACAGACGAAUCUGGUAGCGAACGGCAUGGACACGCACAUCGACUACGAGACCGCAUCAGCUCUCCUCUUGCACGCGCAAAACGUUCAAAUUUCCUACGGAGCCAUCAUCCUGUCCUUCUUGGGAGCCAUCCAUUGGGGCUUUGAAUUCUCCAAGUACGGAGGUCAGCUUGGAAAUCGUCGAUACAUCCUCGGCAUUGUACCGCUGGUCAUUGGCUGGCCUUCGCUCGCCUUGAGCCCCGAACUCGCCCUCGUCUCGCAGUUCGGGGCGUACGUCGUUAGCUGGUUCAUCGACCUGAGAGCGACGACUGCUGGUUGGGCACCCAAGUGGUACUCUUCCUACCGUUUUUGGCUCACUGCUGCUGUCGGUACGAGCAUCAUUGCCACUCUGGCAGGCACUAACUACUACAAUGUGGACAAAUCCGCCACGUCGUCUAAAGGAGCUGGUGAAAAGUUAAAGAAGCUGGUCGAGGCUCAAGGAAAGGAGGUGCCCAAGCUGGUGGAGAAGAAGGCCGAGGGAGACCUUUCGGGACCGCAAUUCGAGGGCAAAGUGUCGGGUGAUGUGCAAGCUGAAAGCGCUGAUGAGGGCGAUGACGGAUACGUAAAGAUUCGAAAUCCCAAGAGAGAGGAAGAGGAGCGGAAGCGGAAGGAAGAAGAGGAAAAGAAGAAGAAAGAGGAAGAGAGCAAGAAGAAGAAGGAAGAGGGCGGGGAUGACAAGGAUGAGAAGUGAUGCUGUGCCGCCCCUGCAUGCUGCUGCCCUUGAGCUUUGCGUUGGACAUCGGAAGGUUUGAGUGGACUUUUGCGCUCAUCGAACAUUUCUAUCUGCUGUUGAACACCAAGGUCGCAUUUCCAUCUGAACCUCCUCUCGGGCAUGGAUGCCCCCCACAUCUUGGUGACACGUCGUUGCUGCGACGUCUUGUCUUUUUGCUCUCUUUUUUUUUCGACGAAUUGUCACUGCUGCAACAGGCAUACAUGAAUCUUACCUCACCCGCGCGAAGACGAUAUGAGCACCUAUCGUGGUGGCGGGGCUGACGAGUGCCCGCCGGGCUCCAAUCUGAUCUAGGCAUCUCUAGCAUACCAUCGAACUGGCUGAGUACAGCAAGCAUGUCAUUGUAAAGGUGCACGUGCAUGUGCUUCGAGGGAAGCCUGGCACAAACAAAUUGGGACUGCAGCAUGAUCGUCUCCUUCACUUUUUGCCCUUUGUCCUUUUCUCCA